UAGAGGAGGUUUCCGAUUAGGGUUUAAUUCUGAUGGGUAAAAUCCAGGAAAUGGAGGAUGAUGUUACAGGAGAGGAGGAGGAGGAGGAGUCAAUUAUGGAGUAUUUGAGGAAACAAGUUCCCGAUUGGGACGAUGAAGUGAAGUGUACUGCCAGGUUCAAGGCGUUUAGCGGUCAGAGAACUGAUUGGGAACCCCUUUAUGUUUUCUGGAGGGAUUUGAUUCUCAAUGUGGCUCGACACCUUCACAUCUUCAUUAUUCGUCCUUCUCAGGUGAACGUUUGGUUCGAUAGAGGAGGUCUCGUCCCUUUGUGCCUUGAUCAAGUACUGCUCGAAAUGUAUGCUGCUGGUGAACUAUUGUGGAAUGUGGAAGUUUCUGAUCCAGCUAGUGGUUGGGUUUCUCAAAUUUUUCGGAGAGUCGUAAAUUUGGGAGGUCUGCUGAGACCAUCUACUCAAGAAAAUCUUGCCGAAGACUAUUACAUAAUUCCUGUGUUACUGAAGGAAAAGGCUCUUCAAGUGGUCCAAGCGUUAUCUGGAAGCCACUGGACAGCUUCCUGUGUAAUUACAUGGAGUAAGUUCCAGGAAUUUUCUGGCGGAUUGAAGGAAGCUCAUGCAGUCUUGAAUCACUUGUGUGAACACGGGAAAGCAAAGUACCUUGUAAUAAACAAGAAGGGUCUAAUGGAGGGAGUGAAAGUCUCUCUUUCAGCAAGAGCACUUUCUGGCACAACAAGUCUAGAUCUUGAUGUGCUGCAUUUGAUUUGGACGGUAGAGAAACUUGAGCAUCAGCUUAAUGUGAUAGAUCAACGCUGGAAAAGGUCUAGAGCAUCUGCUUUAGCUUCUCUAAAACUUGGGAGCAAACAAGUGGCUCUAAAGUGUGCAAGGGAGAUGAAGCUAGCUUCUUUGAGUAGAGAAAAAUGUACAGCGCUACUAAACCGAGUGGAGGAAGUCCUUGCAGUUAUUGCUGAUGCAGAAGCCUCAAAGGAGGUUGCUGAAGCCAUUCGAAUUGGCACACAGGCUAUUAAGGAAAAUGGGAUCAAUUAUGAUGAAGUUGAGCUGUGUCUACAGGAGCUGAACGAGUGUAUUGAAUCGCAGAAGCAGAUUGAUGAAAUUCUAGGCUCAAAUGCAGCAGGUGCAGAAAUUGAGGAUGAAGAUAUUGAAGAGGAGCUGAAGGAGCUGGAGAUGAAUUUUGCUGAGGUACCGACUCAAACAUCCACUGGGGUAGAUGCUGUAGUAGCAGGAACACAGGAAACUGCCGAUGCACUGAGUGAAUCUCUUUCAAAGCUUCAUCUCGCACACCAUGCAAGGAAGGACCUGGAGGCAGAACAUGCUGUGGAAUCUAUGGGUGCCAUGUCAAAAGAUGGCAAUCGUGAAGCUGUUCUGCAUAGCCAAUUGCAGUUAUGAUCUUGUUUUGUCCAUGUUUUGUACUGUGAUGCCUGGUAGUCCAUGCCACAAUUGAUAAGUGCGCACCUUUGAUCUUCAUAGACAGGGCAUAGUUAAUGCGUGAAACUCUGUCGAUAAGACAUUGGUAGUUGACAUGUCAAUGAUGUUGUACAUUAUCAAAAAGUUCUACUCGAUAUAGUUUGUCUUAUUUCCUUCUUAAUCUAUAUCCAAAAGAAU